AUGACCGAUGCGGAUGCGGACCAGACGGCCAGGCUCACCCUACCGAGAACUCGUUCCAACUUUGCAACCCGUACAGCACGAGAUGAGAGUGAGCGGUUACACCGACGCUCCUUCGUACAGCAGUCACCGCCUCCCGAUGAGGAAACACCGCUGCUGCCAGGGAGUGGACGCCGGCAUCAAGACAAUGCCAACGUCUUAGAUGGCAUCCAAGAGACUGAGGGUACACGAGGAGGGACAAGCAGCUGGUUCUUAAGCUUCUUCCGCACUUCGCAAUGGACGUUGGGGAAGGAGCCCAGUAAUGACAGAAAACGACACUCGGUCAGCGAAACCGCCAAACCAAGGCCUGGCGCAUUUCCCAGACCCGUUGGAGGUACUGACAAGUUAGGUACCUUUGCUGGAGUCUUCGUGCCUGUAACUCUCAAUGUUUUGUCCAUUUUGAUGUUUCUGAGAUUUGGCUUCCUCCUUGGUCAAGCCGGCUUGAUUGGCAUGAUGGGUAUGCUGAUAGCAGCAUACGCCAUUAAUCUUUUGACUACUUUGAACAUCUCUGCUAUUGCUACAAAUGGUACAGUCAGAGGAGGAGGCGCAUAUUACCUCAUCUCCAGAAGCCUGGGACCUGAAUUUGGUGGAUCCAUAGGCAUCGUUUACUAUCUUGGCUCGGUCUUCAAUACCUCACUGAACGCUGUCGGUCUCAUCGAUUGCCUCAUCGAAAAUUUCGGUACCCAUGGAGGUGACAUGGCAGAGUGGCUACCUCAGAGCUAUUGGUGGCAGUUCCUUUGGGCCACCGUAGUUUUAGCAGCAUGCACACUCAUCUGUCUUGCUGGAAGUGGUCUCUUCGCUCGUUGCAGCAAUGGCUUACUACUUGUUCUACUGGUCGCUACUAUCAGUAUACCUUUGUCAGCUGUCGUCAGGCCUCCGUUUACGAAUCCGAAAGAGGACAUUGUGUUCACAGGUCUCAGCAUGGACACCUUUCGUCAGAACUUGCUACCCCACUUCACGCGAGGCGCCGCGGGAAGUGUUGAUCAUCACCGCGAGAACUUCCAAGAUCUCUUCGGCAUUCUCUUCCCAGCCACAGGAGGCAUCCUAGCUGGUGCAAGCAUGAGCGGAGAUUUGAAGCAUCCAAGCAAAGCCAUUCCAAAAGGGACCUUAUACGGUAUAGGUUUGACCUUCGUCUUAUAUACACUCGUCAUAUUUGCAAUGGCAGCGUCGAUAGCACGCGAAACCUUCUAUAACAACACAAAUGUCAUCCAGCUAACCAACAUCUCCGGCGCCAUCGUGCUUGCUGGCGAGGUGGCGACAUCACUGUUCUCGGUGCUCAUGGGUGUCAUUGGUUCAGCAAAACUUCUCCAGGCUUUAUCUCGCGACCAUCUAAUUCCUGGGCUUUCUCUAUUUGGUCAAGGAACUAAAAGGUCCGACGAGCCUAUCUACGCUAUUAUCAUUACUUUCAUCAUUGCUCAAAUCACGAUGUUCGCCGACAUCAACCAGAUUGCUUCAUUCAUUACAAUGACGUAUCUCAUGACUUUCCUAGUCACCAACUUGGCCUGUUUUUUACUCAAGAUUGGAUCUGCUCCGAACUUCCGGCCAUCGUUCCACUACUUCAACUGGCCCACAGCCGCGAUUGGUACCGUCGCGUGUGGAGCUACCAUGUUCUUCGUCGACGGCUUCUAUGCGUCCGGAUGUGUUGCUCUGCUUAUGAUUAUCUUUCUGCUGAUUCAUUAUACCACUCCCCCUAAACCAUGGGGUGAUGUGAGUCAGGGUCUCAUCUAUCAUCAGGUGCGAAAAUACCUGCUGCGUUUACGCCAAGAACAUGUCAAGUUCUGGAGACCCCAGAUCUUACUUUUGGUGAACGACCCGCGGCGACAGUACAAAUUGAUUCAAUUUUGCAACUCGUUGAAAAAGGGAGGUCUCUUCGUUCUCGGGCAUGUCAUCGUUUCCAGCAACUUUGGCGAAGCUGUGCCAGAGGCUAGACGCCAACAACAAUCUUGGACGAAAUAUAUCGACUUUUCCAGGAUCAAGGCGUUUGUGAACAUUGCCAUAUCUCCUGCUGUCGAGUGGGGUGCGCGUAAUCUCGUACUAGGUGCAGGAUUGGGUGGCAUGCGGCCAAACAUAGUUGUCAUGGGCUUUUACAAUCUGCCUGAGCUGAGGCAGGCGCAGCCCUCCAUUGGUAUACCUUCGCCCCAACCAUCACGACCGUCUAGCAAGGCCGCAAAUCAUCCUAUCUCUCGAAAAGCGAUACAGGCAGCAGCCAGGCGACGCGUCACAGGCAAUACCCAUAGUAUGCUUCCCACGGACGCUAUGAAGCCGGAAAACGCAAUUGCCAUACGCAGCUACGUGACAGUUAUCGAGGAUUUGAUUCUGCGGUUACAAGCAAACGUCGCUAUAGGCAAGGGUUUCCAAGAGCUCGAAGUACCACCCGCGAAGCCUACGGCAAAGCAGAAAGCUUUCAGCUUUGUUGGUCUGAGUGAAAUUGAGAUUGAAGAUUCUUCAAAGAAGUACAUUGAUCUGUGGCCAAUACAGAUGUCAGCUGAGGUCGCUACUGCUGGCGACGAGCCGGUCCGGAAGAAUGUACUGACGACCAAUUUCGACACAUAUACAUUAAUUCUUCAGCUUGGAUGUAUUUUGCAUACGGUACCGUCUUGGAAGCGCAUGUACAAGUUGAGAGUUUGUGUCUUCGUUGAGUACGAGACAGACGUCGAGGAAGAACGCGGUCGUGUUACCACAUUGCUGCGUAAUCUGCGCAUUGAGGCUGAAGUUCACGUCUUCUGGCUAUCAUCUGGUGACUUGAGCAUGUACGAAGUCAUCAUUAACGGAAGAGACGAUGGUGAUCUCGAUCAGACUGGUCGUGAUAUCGAUUAUUCGCUAGAAGACGAGCGUUGGUGGCAAGAUAUCAAACGUCUGCGUCAACCCGAAAGUAUGAGCGCCAGCCAGGAACUAGCACAAACUGUCGAUAUCCUUGAAGCCGUAACCAGCUGGCCUAUCGCCUCAUUUCAACAUGGCAGGCAAGAGAUAAACCCCAAGCGCUUCUCAGCACUACGUAAGAUGCUACGCAAGGCUAAAAGUAGGACGUCGGUUAGCAAUCUUGGCGAUGGGACGAGAAUCAAAAUGCAAAGCCAAAGAAUACCUGUCGAGCUACUGGAAGACAGCGACAGUGACACUCAGCCAUCCUCAGCCUGUGGAAGAGAAGACGAUGCUGAUGAUGAAGCAAUGGCGUCUGAUAGCGAGGCUAUUGUCAGUGGCAGUAAUUUCGACGAAUACGACCUGGAUGCAUCGAGUGAUGAAAGCGACUACAGCGGGCAGAGAAUGUCACUAAGAAGGCGAAGGACGGCACCCAGCAACUCUCUCUUCACUAAGCAGCUAGACCUUCGCAAGACUAUCUGGAAGAGUUCGCGCAAGGGCAGUACUUCGCAAAAGGACGACAGACCGACCACGCAGUCUGUAACGCCGUUUAAGCCGCACCCAGAUGCCACCGCUUCCGACACAGCUGUUCUGCACUCUGGAGAGUGGUCCAAGACCCAUAGUGUAGCUAGUUCGUCCUCGCAGCGCUCUGGUUCCUCACGCGCAAAACCUGUAGUCAAACCACCCCCAAUGCGCCGGCAGUCACUACCGAAAUUUACAUCGAAUCCGACUCCCCGAACAGCGGUCUCCUCGGAGGAAACAGCCGGCCCAUCGAUAACGUUUGUCGACACGCCCAAAUCAUCAACAGCUAACAAACAAGAUCCUAUGAUCGUAACAUCCGGCGAGCCUACCCAAUUCGCCGCAGACAACAACGACAACCCAGAAACCGCCAGCCCCCAUUCAGCCGCAGCAUCGUCAUAUCACCAGCCCACCGACACCGGUACCGCCUCCCCAGCAUCUGGGUUUCCUGCCCAACAAGCCAUCCCCCUCUCCUUCAACGACCUACCUUGUCGCGCUCAACAUCUCAUUCUAAACGAGCUCAUACGCCAACACUCCGAAGAUACGGCUGUGGUUUUUACAACGCUGCCUAGUCCCAUGGAAGGUACGUGUGAGAGUGAGGCUGAGAGUGUCAAGUAUAUUAGUGAUUUGGAGGUGUUGUGCCAAGGAUUGCCACCUGUCUUGUUGGUGCAUAGUAAUAGCAUGACUGUUACUAUGAAUUUGUAG